AUGAAGUGCACAUGCUCGGCUAUCGUGGCAGCAGCCCUUUUAAUGGGCCCUGUUUCUGCGACUGCAUUCAGGAGACUUGGUGCUUGCCCAACGCUUGGCUGUGUGUUGCCACCUGAUCAGGCUGACUUUCUCGCUGGCCAAUUCUUCGACAUUCGACUUGAGGUGCACCAGCCGACCAAUGGCUCCGAGUUUAUCGGGCUACCUCUGGAUGAACAGUUCACCUUUACUGUUGGAAAGAAGGGCGAAGAAGCAAAACCUGUAACCGAGUUCUUCAACCUCGAAGAGCCGGAGCUGGAGAAAUGGAAGUUUACGUAUUUCGAAGACCUGUUCGCCCGCGAUGCCAAAAAGCCUUCCCUAGUCAAUGUAGCCUCCAAAGCCUACCGUCGCAUUGCUUUGUAUGAGCCCGGAGAAUACACAGCCACCUUGCACUACAACAACGGGAGCAAAACCGAAGCCACAUGGACUGUACGUGAUCUGGCUGAGGAACGCAAGACCAAAAACAUCAUUCUCUUCAUCGGAGACGGUAUGACGACCAAUAUGAUUUCGGCAGCACGCCUAAUUGCCCAUAAAUCUAUCAAUGGGAAGUAUCAAACCACUCUGGCGAUGGACAAGUUCCCCAGCGUUUCUCAUCAAAUGACGCAUUCGCUUGAUUCUUUUAUUACUGAUUCUGCCAAUUCUGCGGCUGCUUUGAACACUGGACACAAGAGUACUGUCAACGCUUUAAACGUUUAUGCUGAUUCAUCUCCGAAUCCCUCAGACGACCCGAAGGUAGAGUCGAUUGCUGAAAUUUUCCACCGUUUGACCGGUGGACAUAUCGGUAUCGUCUCUACUGCGUUCAUUGCCGAUGCUACUCCUGCCGCUCUUGUUGCUCAUACUCGCCUUCGAAGCCAGUAUGGAGCCAUUGUUGACACAUUCCUCAAUGGGCUUCAGAACUACACCUGGACAAAGACUCCGAUAGAUGUGAUCUUCGGAGGUGGAGGCGAACAGUUCUAUCCUUCUGAACUCGGUGGAGUUACCUAUCAGGAUAAGAAUUACUACGAUGAGUUCGCUACUCAGGGUUAUCAGGUUGUGCACAACCGCACUAGUCUCCUGGCGGCCUCGCCCGAAGAGAAGACUCUCGGCAUUUUUACAACGUCCAACAUGGCCAAGUGGCUUGAUCGUACGGUCUAUCGUAAUAACUUGAAUCAGUCUCUUUCGCCAACUGGUGAUAAGAAGCCUGCUCUAGACCAGCCUGGCCUCAAGGAAAUGACACUCAAGGCCAUCGACAUUCUGGAAAGCCGCUCUGGCGACAAGGGCUGGUUUCUCAUGUCUGAAGCUGCAAGUAUUGAUAAGAUGAUGCACGUACUUGAUUAUGAUAGAGCGCUUGGCGAGCUUCUCGAGCUUGAUGACACCAUCAAGGCGACCAUUGAACAUCUAAACUCCACAGAUUGUCUCAAGGAUACUUUGAUCAUCGUUACUGCUGAUCAUGGCCAUGGUUUUGAUGUUAUGGGCUCCGUUGACACGCAUUACCUCGCCGCGCAGAACACCGAUCGCAAGAAGCGCGACGCGAUCGGUGUCUACGAGCAAUCUGGUCUCUCUGAAUACAUUAACACAGGCAAUCUAACUUACACAGGAUCUAAUUUUCCUAGCAAUUGGGACCCCCGCUACACGCUGUUCCAGGGCCUCAUGGCGGACCCAGACCGUCGUGAAAACUGGAGUGUGCACAAGGACGGCCCUCGUAAACCCGCUGUUGAACUUGAAAAGGACAGCGGUGAUUACUACGCCAAUCCCAAGGACAGUAAGGGUGGUAUUUUGAUCAAUGGCACGUUGCCUGUGGAAAACGACCAGGGCGUACAUUCAUUGACCGACGUGCCCGUUUAUGCGCUUGGCCCUUGCUCUGAAAUAUUCCAGGGAACUUUCAGCAACAUUGAUGUCUUUUACAAAAUGGCCGAGUGUUUCGGUCUUGGGCGUGGAGAGCCGUCCGAGGAGAGAUAG